GGGCUUAGCCGCGAUGAUGCCGGGGGCGGGGCUCACAGGGAAAGAGCGGGCGACCGUCACAGGGGUCGACAGGCAGCGCACGGCCAGCCAGGGGGUUGACGGCGGCAGGGGGACUGGCCGGGCCAGCUGGGUGCACGGCGUGCCGGCGCCAUGACAGAGCAGACCUACUGUGACCGCCUGGUCUAGGACAUGCCUUUCCUCACAGGCCUUGGGCGCCUGAGUGAGCAGCAGGUGGACAGGAUUAUCCUCCAGCUGAACCGCUACUACCCCCAGAUCCUCAGCAACAAGGAUGCGGAAAAGUUCCGGAACCCCAAGGUAUCUCUGCGAGUACGUCUCUGCGACCUCUUGGGCCACCUGCAGCGGAGCGGUGAGCGGGACUGCCAGGAGUUCUACCGGGCCCUGUACAUCCAUGCCCAGCCCCUGCACAGCUGCCUGCCCAGCCGGCACACCCUGCGUAAAGAACUCAGAUUGCACAGAGCUAGACUCGGGCACCGCAAGCCGUGAGCUCAGUGACAGGGGUAACCGCCUCCCAUGUCCCUUCUCUCUGUUCCCCCACCCAGGGCUCCAUCUCUGCCUCGGGGGCUUCUCCAUUCCAAGUCGGGUUCUGUUCCUGGCUUCCUGUUGGACAGACCCCCUCAGGGUGCUUACUGGGGACGUCCCUGCCCAGCUGACCACAGCACAGGGUGUGAGCCUGUCCCUCGAGGCCUCUGGACCCCUCCCCGCCCUCCUGGGCUCGGGGAGCUGCUCACGUGCAUUUCUCCCCAGGACCCGUGGCCUUCCUGACCUGUCUCGGCCUGGCCGCAGGGCUGGCACUCCUCGUCUACUGCUGCCCCCCAGAUGGGUGCUGCCUGGCCAAGCCUCAGCCCAGUCCUCUCCAGACCAUGGGGCAGAGCCCUGCCGGAUGGACGGAGGCCUACACCUGAGGCCCCCUACUUGUGGCCCAGCGUGGCAGCCCUGCGGUUCCUUUCCUGCCAUGCUGACCUUGUCAAGGUCCUGUGUGGGGAGCCAGUGGCAAGCAGGCCCACUCGGCAUGGGGACCCCACAUCACUCAGGUGUGGGGCUAGCGAUGCCAUGAGGCUGAGAGAAGGCGCCUUCUCGAUGGGUUCUGAGACCCCCUUGUCUUCCAGACCCCAAGGUGCUGCCAGGGGCCCAGCGUGUCCUGGGCUUCUCCCCUGUCAUCGUCGACAGGCACGUCAGCCGCUUCCUGCUGACCUUCCUCACAGAUGACCUGGGGGGGCUCUGACCAAUCCCAGCCCUGCCCGCCUGGCUGCUUGCUGCCCUGGGGCUGGCUGGCUUUUCUAAGUGUUUACGUUUCACUGUUUAUAACUUAUGUAACAAGCACUUUACCUUCACUGUACAGAGGUGCUCAACAAUAUUAAACGUUUGAGUCUUAUCCCUUCUCUCAGGAGUGUUUUCUAGAUGAUACCAACACAAGACAUGACAGCAUGUCUAGCUGGGGCUGACCCUGUGGGCUCUUGGCUUCCCGAGUCCAACCCAAGACCCAGGUCCUGCUCAGGCCGCCUUCUCAGACCCCUGUGGGCCUGGGCCUCACCCCUCCAUGUGGGCUACCUGCCCCAGAUGACCCCUGCUGUGUCCCCCAGUGCCCACGUCCAGAUAUCCCCCGCCACGUGUUCCCUUCCCUCCCUCCCUGGCCGCCUUCCACUGCUUCUCUCCAGAACUCCCUACCUUGAACCCCUCCUGCCAUCCCCUGCCUGGGUGUUGUUGGUCCCCACACCUGCCCCUGCCCAUCUUCCCUCCUUCCCUAGCCCUCAGCCCCAGGUGGCGAGGAGGGACAGGGCCCACUGGGCUGCUCUGUUACCCGAGCCCUGGGCCAUGGAGGGGCGCCAGCCAAAUGCCUCACGAUACCUAGUACCAGCAUGUGUUCAUUUGAUUCCUCUUAGCAGCCCCAGGAGGUGGGCUGCUGCCCCUGCUUUCCUGAUGAAGAAUCUAAGACUGAAAGGAGAGAUCACUCAGCCAGGAGAGGGGGGCCCAGUGCAUGAGAGGCUCCACCACCGUCUUCAUUCCCUUCCUGUGACAUGUCCCAAGGAGAUACCCCCUCCCCCAUCAUCCCCCUUGUCUCUGUCCAGUCACCAGAGCCAACACCCAGCUCCUGGGCCCUCGAGGCCCCGCAGACUACUAUCCUGGAAAUGGAGCCCCUCCCCCCUGGGAGGCGAUGACCUGCGCUUGGCGGGUCUGGGGAGGGUUCAGUUGACACGGAUGUGGUCAGAGCCUAGAAAUAAGUACAAAGUCUUGUCCCUGAUCCCAGGUGGAGAGGAGGUUGAGACAGAAAAAAAAGAGUCCACAAAAACUUCUAGAACUUUUAGAGAUGAAAAGUGUAAUUGUGCCAUCUGAAGUCUUGGGCUCUGGCUCCUCACACCUUCCCCCAACAGCCUGGGGUUUGGCCAUACCCAGCACCUUGUCCUCCUCAGAGCUGAGCCCCUGUAUUUGUCUUGGGGACAUGGGCCUGUCCCCUUGACCAGGGUGUUUGUACCUAUCUGUCUCACCUGCCGGCCUCAGGCGUAGGAUCUUGUCAUGGAAAUGUCCCUCGUGGACACAAGAGGGUGAGUGUACAUGUCCAAGAGGGUGCUCUGCCUUUGGCUCUGGGGGCCCUGUGAGCCAAGUCCCCAGUGCCUACUACCCUCCUGCAGGCUGUGGUUGUCUGGCACCUGUCUUUUAUGUGGACCCCUGUCACCACCCUCAUUACUGAUGAGGAAGCUGAAGCUCAGAGCCCAGGACCACACAGCUGCCAAGAGUGCCCUCCCCACGCGCGUGCACGUGCACACACAGGCAUACACACAUACACGAAAAGUGUGCACAUGUACACGUGCACAAUGCUCAGAGACACACGUGCACCGCACUAGCCAUGGGCUGCCGGGGCCUGGGCCUGGCCCCUGAUGGGUUCCUCUCCCCAUUGCCCCCAUCCCGUCAGCUCCUCCCUCUCCAGCCUCUUUGGGGAAACAGAAGUAUGUUUGUCAACCCAAGAAUCAUCAUGAGCUUGCAUUUUCCAUAGGGGGUUUCUGGAGGAACCCACAGCCUGACUCCAGGAAUGACGCUACCAUUGGGCCCCCAGGAAGGGUUCCACUCCCAGGUUUUAGCCUCUCAGGGCAUGUGGGAAGGAGACAAGAUGGGAGGCAGAGGAAUCAGCUUCAGGACAUGGUCUCUGGCUGAUUCAUUCAGCCAGCUUGUGGGCUAGUUCACUCAUUUGCAUGCCCAGCCAUUAAAGUGAGGGCCAGGGCAAGGGAGAGCCAGGCAUAAGAGCUCUCCUUUCUACCCUGAAGCCCGGGACAGUGCAGCUUCCCACUCGCUCCUCCACCUCUGCACUGCAGGCUGUGGGUGUGUGUCUCCAAAUUCUGAGCCUUAGUUUACCCAUCUGUAAAAAGGGACACAACCUUGGGACCCCUCCUUGAGCAUGGUUAUCCUGAGCUGGAUAGCACUGCUCCAAGUACUGUUCUCUGGAAAUUGCUUCAUGAAUUUACCACUUUGCUGGAAGGCACAGCUAAUGCAUGUUCUCUCUGGGACAGACUCCCAUUGGGUGAAAGGAGUGCAGUUGCCAGUGGUCAGCGGGGAGGACACAGGUGCCGCCCUGAGCUGAAUGGGCUGAACGGAUCCCCCAAUGGCUGUGAAGGUUCCUCUUGAUCUUGUUCAGAGUCCAGGGUUAGGGAUGCUGUGAACGUGCCCACUCCCUUCCAGCCUCAGGGCUGUGAACGUGCACCGCCGCACUCCAGAUCUCUUGCAGACAGAUCCCCAUGUAAACUGGCUCUUAUUGCAGCAGAGACUGACUGGAGGCCACCUUCCCGGUUGGCCAGCCAGACCAGGGGACUAGUCCCUGCACCUGCUCUGGACUCUGAGCUCAGAAGGUGGCAGGGGUUCUCGAGGUCAGCAGACUCCUGAGGCCCAGCCCAGCAUGUCCUGUCCAGUCUGCAGCCCCUCCACCCAUUGUGAGCGAGCGAGAUUGUGAUUCCGAGGGUAAUUGCUUCCUGGGCAGAUGCCUGGGGUAUUUUUGAUGCUUGUCCUGCUCUCUGACAGACACGCUUGGGUAAAAGUGACACAUGCCCGGUGAAAGUGACAGACACAACUAGGUAAAGGGCACUACUGGGUGAAGGUGACAGACGCCUGACUGUAGGUGAUAGAGACAUCUGGGCAAAAGUAAAUGAGACCACUGUGGCCCCGCAGGCCUGUGGCAGGGAAGGCCUGGGUACUGUCCACCCCCUGAGACCUGUGAGGCCCUGUGGCAGGGUUCCAUCCCCUGAGCGAGGGGCAGUGAGUGCCUGUCCCAGGUCUCAGGACCCGUCUGGUGAGCUGUGAUAGUCCAGGACACCUAUUCCCUUGGCUCGAGCUGGGCUACUUCUUGAGACUGCUGACUUUCUCCUUCCAUCCAUGACCUACCAAGGCCUUGCCCUGGAGGUCCAAAGCAGCCCCCGAGCUCAGGCUGUUCUUGGACCCUUCCGUGGAUCCCUGCCUCAACGGCCCCUUCCCCGACUGCACUCCAUGCCUGCAGCUGAAGUCUGCAACAACAGCCCAGACCAGCAGCCAG